AUGUUUGAAAGUUUAAGUCUGGUAGAGAAAUCUGCUGUGUCGUUAGACAAUGUUGAAGAAGAUUAUGUCUUAGAUGUGGCUGCCACAAAGGUACAUUGUCAUUCUGAUACUAUAAGUGGGAUAAGCUGGGGAAAGACAGAGCCUCACCUACUUUAUUCAUCAUCGAAAGAUAAAACUAUUAGAUGUUGGGAUACAAGAACUAAAUUAUCAAAAGAAGUUCAGAAAUUCAGAGGAUCUACUGAAACAGAGAAUAUGUUUACAUGUAUUGACAUCAACGCUGAUGAUAGAGUUCUGUGUUCUGGCCAGGAAGCUGAUAAGGAAGAAAAUGCCUUCAUUUUAUUCUGUAUUGAAUUCAAUUCUACUCACCCUGUUGCAUUGUCAAUUGUUUUCUGUAUAUCUCUUGGUGAAAACAGAACUGAUCAAUACAGAAAGACAAUUGAAAAUCUGUGGAAAGAGAAGUUGAGAACAUAUCAACCUUUAGAAGUAUGUUUUCACCCCAGUAAUGCUAACAGUCUAGCUACGGGAUCUAUGGAUGGCCUGGCAUGUUUAUUUGAUAUAUCAGAAACUGAUGAAGACGAAGCUCUAUCUUACACAUGGAACACUUGCUCUACUGUGGCUAAACUUGGCUGGUGUGGGGAGAACUUUAACAAUGUUUAUUGUACAACACAUAUAGAUACCUUACAUGUCUGGGAUUCCAUAGAGGGAGAUCCUGUUUUAGAAGUUACAGAUUUAAAAGAUGUUCUUAAGGGCAAAGAUGGUAUUGACUACAUCGUAGAUUGUUUGACCAGUGAUAAGCUUGAGCUUCACCUGUUAGCAGGCCAGCAUAGUGGAGAGCUGAAGAUAAUUGAGUUAUCCAGGAAAGGAAUUCCAAAAGUUACAUGUAUGUUAAAUGGAGGACAUUCUUCAACAGUACGCUGUCUUCACUGGAAUUCUAAAGAGAAAAUGUUGGUGACCGGAGCUGAGGAUUCAUUGCUAUGUUUAUGGUCUACCAAGCCAGAUACACAACAACACGUAGCUGCCAAUAAGGCAAAAUUAAAAUCAAAGAAAACAGUGACCAAGCGGAAAAAUCCAUAUUGAUAAAACAUCAGUUUCAUGUCACACAUGAUCAUAAAGCAGAGACAAAAGACCAGUCUCAAAAUGCUCUUCUGCCAUUGGUCAAAAUCAAGUCUGGAAUUUUGAGUAACCAAUCAGAUGCCAGAGAAUAGACUGGUUAUGAGAAAUCAAAUUUUAUUCAGCUAAACAAGGACUCCCUGCAGUCAGGAUGUAAUCUUGCCCUUUGUGGGUCCAAGAAAAUAUGAGAUGUCAAAUUCUGACAUUUUAUCUAUGAAUUUGUCCAAAGUUCAAUUUUGCUGUUUUUGUAAUUACUUUUACAUGACCAGACAUAACAUCUAUUGUGCUGAAUAAAUUUUGUUAUGACAAGGACAACUUUUUAAACAUGUGAUACAAAUUUUACAUUUUAUGUUGUGUUUUGCUUUUGGGGGGAUGUUAUUAUUUUAUUUUGUUCUUGUAUGGCAUUUUAAAAAACACUGUUUUUUGAUGAGCAAGUAGAGGUCUUUUGGUCUCGGUAAAAUGUUUAAGAUUUUGGUCAAUGAACUUGAAGUAUGACUUUUAAGUUUACACAGCAACAGAUGGUGUUUAUUGACUGAAUAUUAGAAAAAAAAAGUAAUGCAAGCAAUUAUUAUGUCUGGAAAUAGAUUUUUAUGAAUAAAAAAUAGAAAUUAUGAAAGUUGUUUAUGAAUGUUUUUCAUCACUUGAUAAUCACACAGUAACUCUAAUCUGGGACAUAUGGUAAGUAAAUUUAAGUCCCAGCUCCAAUUAAUUAAAAUUUCUAAAUAAAGCAACCUCAGAAUUUAAUAAUACAUA